AUGACCUCAAGUUUCAUUAAUGCCUUGAGGUGCUUCCUGUCAAUACGUCGACCUGUCAGACAUCUCAGGUCAGACAGAGGCACAAACUUUAUCGGGGCUUGUAGAGAGCUUCAGAUUAACACAGAUGACCUUGAGAUCAAGGACUACCUGCAGGACCAGGGCUGUAAAUGGACCUUUAAUGCACCCCAUUCCUCGCACAUGGGGGGAGCAUGGGAAAGAUUGAUUGGGGUGGCUCGACGGGUCCUGGACGGUCUGCUGCUGAAAAAUGCUACUACACUGACCCAUGAAGUUCUAACGACCUUAAUGGCCGAGGUCAUGGCCAUCAUGAACGCCAGACCUCUGGUUCCAAUCUCACAUGAUGCAGAGAUUCCUGAGAUGCUCUCGCCUGCUACUCUCCUGACCCAGAAGGCGAGUGUCACUCCCACUCCCCCAGGGGACUUUGAACUGGAUUACCUGUGUAAGGGACAGUGGCGUCCGGUCCAGAGCUUGGCAAACUCCUUCCGGAAAAGGUGGAAGCAGAAGUAUCUGACAACUCUUCAGCCCCGGAGAAAGUGGACCAAGGAGCAGCCUAACCUCCAGGAUGGUGAUGUCGUUUUGAUAAAGGACGUUCAAGCAAAACGUAAUGAGUGGCCUCUUGGGCUGGUAGUAAAGGCCAUUCCCAGCUCUGAUGGCAAGAUGCAUAAGGUCACGGCGAAGAACCUCUCAGAACUCCUCUACUGA